AGUAAAUACAAUCCAAUUGCAAUUUAUUCAAAUAUGAAGGAGUCAAAGAAACAAACGCGUAAAGCUGCCAUAAAAGCUAAGGAGGCAUCAGAUUAUGAGAAAAGAAAGAUCAUAGAGCUACUACACGAGUACAACGACCUGAAAGAUGCUACACAACAGGUCCUCGGCGCCUUGGCGACCCUGAAAAGCGUUCCAGUCCGAUCUGUCUAUGACACCUACAACCUUCCCAAUUGCGAAUAAUAAAAAGCUUUUUUCAAUGUAA